AUGGAGAUCAAAUGUGCACAAAUUUUCAUCAACCAUGUAAUUAUCAAAAAUGCUGUAAUUCGUUCAACUCUUCAGACAGUUGAACAAGAAGGAAAAUUAGGAAGCAGGUUCAUAACAAAGUUCUACCAACACAUCCUGUCUUUUGUAUUUGCCAUUGACAAGGUCAAUGAGGACCCCAGCAUCUUGCCCAACAUCACCCUUGGCUUCCACAUUCGGGAAAGCUACAAUGAUGCAAGGAUAACCUACCGCACCACCUUAGAUUUGCUUUUCAACACACAUCAGUUUGUGCCCAACUACCAAUGUGGCAUUGAAAAAAAUAUUGUUGGCAUCAUAGGUGCAUUGAGCUUUGAAACUUCCUCCUGCAUGGCAGACAUCCUAGGUCCUUACAAGAUUCCACAGCUUUCAUAUGGCUCAUUCAAACCCAUGAAUGAUCAGGACAAUCUGCGCUCCUUUUACCACAUGGACCCCAAUGAAGACCUGCAAUACCAAGGACUUGUCCAGUUACUCCUCUAUUUCCAAUGGACGUGGGUAGGUCUCAUGGCUUCAGAUGAUGGUGGUGGAGACCAGUUCUUGAGAACCAUGGAGCCACUGCUUUUGAAGAACAGGAUCUGCUCAGAAUUCACAAGAAGUGUUGCAAUAACUUUGCAUAUAAGUGAAAAGAUAGAGGACAUUUUUCGUACACUAUGGAAUCAUGUGGAAUACAUAAUGGGGAGAAAAUCCAAUGCCAUUUUAAUCCAUGGUGAAGCAUCAGCCAUUAUAUGGUUGACAAGUCUUCUCUUGGCAAACACUUUUGCUCAGCAAGUAUUUCCUCAGUAUAAGGGGAGGCUCUCCUCAUCAAAAGUGUGGAUAACAACAGCUCAGAUUGAUUUCUUUAUAACUGGCUUGGGAACACUUAGUGGAUUUGACAUACAACAGCUCCAUGGUGCCCUUUCCUUUGCCAUUCCUUCCAAGCAACCUGAAGGCUUCCGAGAGUUUCUUGAGCUUGUCAAUCCUUCUUGGGAUAAUGACGAUGGCUUUAUUCAUGAAUUUUGGCAAUGUGCUUUUGCUUGUUCAUUUUCAGGAUCCAUUGUGAUUUUCCUAGGUCGAACAUGUACAGGAAAUGAGAGUUUGGAGACCGUUCCUCGGUCUGUGUUUGAAUUGGAGAUGAGUGGCCACAGUUACAGUAUCUACAAUGCAGUCUACACUCUUGCUCAUGCUUUGCACAACUUGUACUCAUCUACACCCAACCACAGAGGAACAGUGAGUGGAGACAGGGCAUUUCCUGAGGUUGUACAUUCCUGGCAGCUGCACUCAAUGAUUCAGAAGAUCUCAUUCAACAACAGUGCAGGCGAGGAAGUUGCCUUUAAUAAACAUGGAAAAUUCGAAGGGGGAUUUGAUAUUACCAACUUGGUCACUUUCCCUAAUCAGUCCUAUGUCAGGGUCAAAGUGGGAAGCAUGGACCAUGAUGUUCUUCCAGGCAAAGGAUUCACCAUUAAUGAGGACAGAAUUGAAUGGCACAGACAAUUGAAGCAGGUGCCUCCUGUUUCUUCCUGUAAUGGAAAAUGCCCCCCUGGUUCCAGCAAGAAAAAGCAGGAGGGGAAGCCAUUUUGCUGCUACGAUUGUGCUACAUGUCCAGAUGGGAUGUUUUCAAACCAGAAAGAUAUGGAAACCUGUGUCCAUUGCCCAGGGCACCAAUAUCCAAACCAAUUUCAGAAUCAGUGCAUUCCAAAGACUCCAAACUUCCUUGCUUUUGAAGACACCUUGGCCAUUAUUUUGAAUUCUGCUCUUCUUUCAUUGUCUCUGAUCACAGCUCUGGUGCUGGGCCUCUUCUUCUGGCACAGGGACACUGCCAUUGUCAAGGCAAACAAUCGAAGGCUCACCUGCAUUCUCCUCAUCUCCCUUCUUUUGUGUUUCCUCUGCUCUUUGCUUUUCAUGGGAAUGCCCAAUACAAUGUCCUGCCUGCUGCGACAAACUGCUUUUGGCAUGGUCUUCUCUGUGUCUCUCUCCACCAUCUUGGCAAAAACGGUUUCUGUGGUGCUGGCAUUCAUGGCUACCAGACCAGGAUCCCAGAUGAGGAAGUGGGUGGGGAGAAGACUGUCACAUUCCAUUGUGCUCUGCUGCUCCAACAUUCAGGCAGGGAUCUGUAUUCUGUGGCUUACAACGUCAUCUCCUUUCCCAGAUGUGGACAUGCACCCCAUGACUGAUGAAAUUGUUCUGCUCUGUAAUGAAGGCUCAAUCCUCAUGUUGUCUUGUGUCUUGGGCUUCCUGGGCCUCCUGUCUUCAGUCAGCUUUCUGUUGGCCUUCCUGGCCAGGAAGUUGCCAGACAGUUUUAAUGAAGCCAAGUUCAUCACCUUCAGCAUGCUGGUCUUCUGCAGUGUGUGGUUGUCCUUUGUCCCAACAUACCUGAGCACCCAAGGAAAGUACAUCGUGGCUGUGGAGAUUUUCUCCAUCUUGGCCUCCAGUGCUGGCUUGCUGUUCUGCAUAUUUUCCCCCAAGUGCUACAUUCUUCUGUUCAGACCAGACUUGAACAACAGAGAGCAGAUAAUGC